UUUAUUUAUAAAAUAUAAUAAGUUUAAGUGAUGUGAUCAUAAUGAUGAAAUGUCAACUUCGUGUUGCCUAUAUUGUUGUGUAUUUGUGUGUAAAUGUGCGAUGUACACCCGGAUUGUCCCUGCUUGGUGGUAAAAGUGUCAUCAACAUUAUAUCCGGGACCAAAGUACAGUUGACUACAAGUAAGGUGCCUGAGAAUCUUACCACUGAACCGACAGAAUAUUCAACUUUGUCGGCUCUGGAAGAUGAUCAAAUACUGUCCUCGGUUGACACUCGCUUGGACAAUUUAUCUUCGAAAUAUGACAACCCAGAUGCCCCAGAUCGUCUACAUCCAGUGUUGCACGCGGGUCUGCCACAGAACAUGACUGUGACACCCUUGCGGAGGAUAUCACACCAUGAACUCGUUUUGAACGUGUCUUGGCUGCCACCUUUUGGGCGGCCAGCACGUGAAUAUUCGAUACUAGUCGACAGCACGACCAGAACAAAAGAUUGUAUCAUGCGGCCGUGGCAUAAAUACGACAUUCCUUCGAACGUCACCUCGUUCCUAAUACCGCCGGUAAGCAGUACAGUGGCGGGCGACUUUACAACACGCCCCGGCUGCGCGUACGAAGUUCGCCUCAGAUCCAACCCGUGGGAUGGCCACACCACUGCUCACAAAUACAUUCAGUUGGACGCGCAACAGGCAUGUUCGCGGAGGCUCAUGUUGACAGCUUUAGUGCAAUAACACACAAGAGAACUGCCUCCCUGAUGCGUCGCGUGCGUGACAGUUCCAACAGCUCGUACUGU